GAAAGACUUGCACCUCCCACCUCAUGGGCCGUUGCUGCCUCUUGGGCGUUCAAUGGCGAGCGCAUCGACCACAGCAGAGUUUUCGGAAUUCAAUGCCAACGCGGUGUUGGAGAUCUUUGAACGCUGGGAUGAGGACCAUAGUGGCUACAUUGACCGGUACGAGUUGUCGAGGAUCAUGUACAAGGUCUCACCUUCCUUGAGCAUGGACCAGAUCGAUACUCUUCUUGGUUGCAUCGACACCAACCUCGAUGGAGUCGUCGACUACAAAGAGUUUGUAGCCUGGCUCACGAACCGAUCAGCUCAGUACACUGUGGGAACGGACGGCUGGAUCUCACCCUUCGAUUUGAAGACCAUGCUUAAGCCUCUUUUCGAGAUGUGGGACAAGGAUGGCAGUGGUCAUAUCACGAGGGACGAGUUUUACGAGAUCGCUCAGAUCCUUAGCAACUCUCUUCGACUCCACCCAUUAGCCAAGGGUGACUCUCUGGUGGUGGACUUUGAAGUGAAAGAGUUUGUCUCCUUGGAUGAAUUUGUCGGGUGGCAGGUGGGUGUCCUGCAGCGAUCUGGAGUCCCUAACAACAAAGUGCCUGACUUGGUGAACACUCUGGUGGACGCCUUGAAAUGCAUUUUUGAAAUCGAGCAGCUGGAAAGUAAGGGCACAUCAAGUGAGAAGCUCUACGGCGCGCUGUCAAAUAGGAUUGAAGUUGUCGCAAAAACCACUCGUCAGCUCUACGCGCCCAAGCUGUCGGAUGUGGAGCCUGAACAUCAGGCCCAACUCAUCAAGGAAGCCAGCGCAAGCCGCUGGUGCCAGCCGCCAACACCACUGGAUAUGCAGAUACUCGCACGCACCUUUGCAAAGGAGAAAGGCUUGCGGCCUGUCGGUUUUGAAGUGGCCAAAAACUCCAAAAGCUCUAAACCACCUUCAAAUUUAAGUUCGCGGACGAGCAAGAAGAGGAUAAGCUUUCGUAGUCAUGUACAACUUGUGCAACACUCCUUGGGGCAGAUCGUGUGUGUGAUCCCGGCGAUCAAUGAUGGUCGAUUUGAAGAUGACCAGGGCCCAAAUUGGUUCGCGCAAGUAGACCGCACAACCAUUGGAGAAGAUGACAAAGCAAAUGAAGAUAUCCUCACUUAUGAGCUGGAUAGAAGUGGUGAGAUGCCAGAAUGGCGAUUUUGCAAGGACUCCAAGGGCUUCAAGAACGCCUUUGAAGCACUUCCAAAGGAUCUGCAACUCUUGGGCCUUUUGAAGGGGCAUGCCCUGAUGGGGGACAAGCUCAGUUGGCAUGCCGUGCAGACAACCUUGGAGCGUGCUGUAAGAGCGGACAUUUUGACAGCUGACCAGUCUGAACGGGUGCAGAAGGACAUGAUGAUCCGAGCGUCGGAGUCUGUGAGAGAGAGCCGUUGCAUCCCUGAGCUCAAGGAGUUGGGCCUGACAUUAGAAGAUGCCAUCAAAGAAUAUCUCGAGCGAGAGGUGGUCUUUACACCGCUGGAUGUCAUCACAGAGUGUGCAGUCUUGGACUUUCUCCAGGUGGGUGACGAUGCCUCAAAGUACCUGAAAGGUGAGAAGCCGCAGUGACAGUGUUGUGCAUGUGGAACUUGGAACAACAGCAGCAUACGGUUGCUGUGGCUUUAAAC